CACUCAAUUUUUUGUUCUCUAGAGACAUUAUACUUUUAACGGAUUUACACAGUUACUCCCCUUUUACAUGAAAAUACUGUCAACAUGAGGAAGGACAAGGAAUGGUCUGAUGCGUUGUUGAAGUUAGUGUCGGAUCUAAACAAUUUUAAUUAUGCAGACCCUAGCAAGGACCCAGCUCAUGCAGGCUGUGUUCCAAUCUACAUUGAUGGUCACAGAGUGGGUGUGGUGCCUGAAGAUGUUCUAGCAGAACUUACCAACUAUCCAGAUGUCUUCAGCAUUCAUAAUGAUAAUUCAAACAAAUCUGUUCAUCUAAAUGAGAAAUUAUCCACUGUGGAGGAGAGGUCAAAGGCUUUUGAGCAGGUACUUCAGGACUUGAGACAUAAAGAGAAAUUUGUAACACUGAAAGGGUGGAGAAAUGAGAAAUACAGUAUAUACUACAAGCUUGGAGAACCCCCACUUUGUCAUGUGGAGAGAGCCGGAUGUCCUCUGUUUGGUUUUAUUCAAUAUGGUGUGCAUGUGAAUGGAUAUACAUUAAAAGAUGGACAGUUGAAGAUGUGGGUAGGAAGACGAUCAAAAACCAAACAAACAUUUCCGAAUAUGCUUGAUAAUAUGUGUGCAGGAGGUUUGACGUCAGGUUUAGGUGUAACAGAAUGUACUAUCAAAGAAUGUCAGGAGGAAGGCUCUGUGGAAGAUGAAACCCUGAAAAACCUAAAAGCUGUAGGAUCCAUUAGCUACUGUUUCAAGGAUUAUAGAGGUGUAGAACCUGAGACACAGUACCUGUAUGACCUUGAAGUGUCACCGGACUUUAUACCAAAGAAUGCAGAUGGGGAGAUGCAGAACUUCCAGUUAUAUACAAUAGAAGAGUUACAAAACCUGAUUAUAGCGGGAGAGUUCAAGCCAAACUGUGCCCUUGUUAUUGUUGAUUUUCUGAUACGACAUGGAUAUGUUACACCUGAUGAUGAACCUAACUACUGCUACAUUAUACAGAGAAUGCACAUGGCCCUUGAGCCGUCUCUCUAGAAAAUGUGUGCACUUCAGGCAACAUGGUUAUAAAGUACUACAAUCAUUGUGCAGAACACUUCGAUAGUAUUCUGUGAUUUCCGAGUUGUGUAAAAAUUACAUUUGAUUUUACAAAAUAAAGCUGUAAUUUGGA